AGGCUGAAGGCUCCAGCAUUCACUGGCCCGGCCCCUCUUGCAUCUCUCUGAUAACUCCGAGCCCGCUCUCCUCUCUCCAGCCAUGAUUGCCAAACAGCAGGGUGUCCGAGGCGCGUCCCGGGGCUUUAGCAGUGGCUCGGCCAUCCUGGGCAGGGGCAGGAAGACUGCCUUCAGCUCAGUCUCCAUGUCUGGGGGUGCAGGCCGCUGUUCCUCCGGGGGCUUUGGCAGCAGGAGCCUCUACAGUCUUGGGGGGAACAAGAGCAUCUCCAUCAGUGUGGCUGGGUGCCGGCAAGGCGCUGGCUUUGGGGGUGCUGGAGGUUUUGGGGCUGGCACCUUUGGCACUGGUUUUGGUGCUGGCGGCUUUGGCGGUGCAUUUGGGGGCUCCUUCAAUGGUUGGGGUGGUUCUGGUUUCCCUGUCUGCCCUGCUGGGGGAAUCCAGGAGGUCACCAUCAACCAGAGCCUGCUGACCCCAGUCCAUGUGGAGAUUGACACUGAGAUCCAGAAGGUCCGGACUGCGGAAUGGGAGCAGAUCAAGGCCCUCAACAACAAGUUUGCCUCCUUCAUUGACAAGGUGCGGUUCUUAGAGCAACAGAACAAGGUCCUGGAGACCAAAUGGAACUUCCUCCAGCAGCAGACGACCACCACAUCCAGCAAAAAUCUUGAGCCCUUCUUCGAGUCCUUCAUUAAUAUCUUGAGGAGGCAGCUGGAUGGCUUGGUCAAUGACAAGGGGCGCCUGCAGUCUGAGCUGAAGAUUAUGCAGGACAGCGUGGAGGACUACAAGAAAAAGUAUGAAGACGAGAUCAACAAACGCACAGCUGCUGAGAAUGACUUUGUGGUCCUCAAGAAGGAUGUGGACGCUGCCUACAUGAACAAGGUGGAGCUGGAGGCCAGAGUAGAGGGCUUGAUUGCUGAGAUCAACUUCCUGAGGACCCUUUAUGAGGCGGAGCUGUCCCAGAUGCAGACUCAGGUCAGCGACACGUCUGUGGUCCUCUCCAUGGACAACAACCGUAGCUUGGACCUGGACAGCAUCAUCGCCGAGGUCAGGGCCCAGUACGAGGAAAUUACUCAGAAGAGCAAGGCCGAGGCUGAGGCCCUGUACCAGACCAAGGUCCAGCAGCUGCAGACAUCUGUUAACCAACAUGGUGACAACCUGAAGAACACCAAGAGUGAGAUAUUAGAGCUCAAUAGGGUGAUCCAGAGGCUAAGGGCUGAGAUUGAGAACGUCAAGAAGCAGCUUGAGACCCUGCAGGCAUCUGUGGCUGAUGCCGAGCAUCGUGGGGAACUGGCCCUUAAAGAUGCCAGUAGCAAGCAGAUGGAGCUGGAGGCUGCCCUGAAGCAGGCCAAGGAGCAGCUGGCCCAGAUGCUGCGUGAGUACCAGGAGCUGAUGAACGUGAAGCUGGCCCUGGACGUGGAGAUCGCCACCUACCGCAAGCUGCUGGAGGGCGAGGAGUGCAGGAUGUCUGGAGAAUGCCAGAGUGCUGUGGGCAUCUCCGUGGUCGGUGGUGGCAUCAGUGCUGGAGGCAUCAGCGGAGGACUAGGCAGCUGCUCCAAAUUUGGCCUGGGCGGUGGCUUGGGUUCUGGUGCCGGAAGUAGCUUUGGGUUUGAUGGCGGUUUCUGUAUCAAUUCUGGAGGCAAGAUCAUCUGUACCACUAACAUGUCCAAGAAAUCCUAUCGGUAGAGGAUAUAUGGUCCCCACAGCACCCCCAAGCCCAGCUGGGCCCAGCCCUGGUGUCUCUGUGCUUCUUUCAGCCCUGUCUGCACCCUCUGUCUCUGGGACUCAUCUUACCAGUGUCACCUCUACUUCCUCCUGGGGAUUCUCUGCUCCCAGGGUGAUCUUCUCUUCUGGGGCUUGGACUCUGCCCUCUUGGGGUAUGGCAGUUCUUUUCAGUUCAGGCCUUGUGACCCACCUGGAUUGGGAGAGGUGUCAUUUGACCUUUCACCUCCCAUGGACAGAGGAGAUAAAUAAAAAUAAAUGACCAGGAGCCUCAUCUCCAGAAAUAUCAGGGUCACGCAUGUCCCCUCCCAGACCAACACCAUCUCUAGCCAGAUCCUGGAUAUCUGUCAAUGUUAGGACCAAACUCAUUCUCCAUCAUCUGGCAGCAACUGGCCCUGCAAGGUCGGGACAAGAAACACUAAGUGUCCCAUCAACUUUCUCAUCCCCAACUCCAUCUUCUGGUGUAUCUUCAAUAAAAUGCUUGUGUCAUUCA